UCCAGAGAAACCGCUGUAGAUACUAAACAACUUCUUCGCUUGUCAAAACCAGUUCGAUUCUCUGAGAAUGACCGGAAACAGCUGUUUUUCUGCGCUAAUUAAAAUGUAGCCUUUCGUAUCUGUGCUUUUAAUCUGAAAACCUAGACGCGGAAGAGGGUGUGUCAUGUUGACCUGAAGCUGUUAGCCUGCUAGCCGCUAGCUGCUAGCUGCCGGCAGGUGAUGAGUUCCUGAUAAAAUGCCGAGAGUCGGAGCUGAGGAGGAGCUGCGGACUCUGACGGAGUGUCAGUACAGUUACCCCGUGGAGGUCCUGAGUGAUGUGAAGAGGCUACGCUCCUCCUUCUCUGAUCUGCGCCUCCAUGUGGAUUUUUACUGUUUUCCAAACAAAGAGAAGAAGAAGCUGGUUUACCUGGCCGGGACCGUACCUGUUCACUAUGAAGUAAAGUACGACGAUAGCUGGAAUCCAGUGUUCUGUCCGGUCAGACAGAGAACCGCGAUUGAAGGAAGUGAGUAUAAUAUCCCAGUGUGUAUCUGGCUCCAUGAGACCCACCCUGUGUCCCGGCCUCGCUGUUACGUCUGUCCUUCUGGCUCCAUGGUGAUAAACCCCUCCUGCCCAUGCGUGGACGCCUCCGGUAACAUCAGCCUGGACGGACUGGCGAAAUGGACUCAGGGUGGGUCCAACCUGUUGCUGCUUGUGUCAGAGAUGAGGCGGGCCUUCCAGAAGGAUACGCCCCUUUAUGCCAGGUGUCCCGUACAAACCCCGCCCCCUGCAGGUGUGCAGGUGUCACAGUCAGCUGGAAGCACCUUCUCCUCUCCGCUCAGCCAGCGUCUCCCCCUCACUUGUUCUCACCCGUCUGGACCAAAAGCCAUCCAGUGGGAGCAGAGCAGGGAGGUGAGGGUGAGGAGGUCGUAUACCGAGGAGCUGCUGGGGAUCGACUUCAGUGCUCCUCCUCCUUCAUCUUCCUCCUCCAAUAACCACAGCAACCCCUUUCUGAGCUGCUCCUCCUCCUCAGGUGUCCCCCCUACAGACCCUCUUAGCAGGAUGAUGGGAACUCUGAGGCUGGACAGGGAGUCCAGCAGAGACCAGCGGGCUGACUCACCUGUGCGUACGGUCCAAUCAGAAGCUGCCAAAGGCAAACAUAUGGCAGGAUGUGUGGUUCUGAUUCCGGGAUCUGGGCCAGCAGCUGGACUGCAACAGGGCCUCAGUACACAGAGACUUCCGUCACAACCAGCAGCUGGAGUGGACCAUAUGAAGAUGGCGGCUCGUCUUCCUCCAAACCAGGCCGCCAUAUUCCUGUCUCUGAUGACCAUGGAGGGGAGGAGCUUCAGCCCCACUGAUGUGAUGGAGGCUGUCCAACUCAACAGAGAUUUCCCAUCAGCCCUCAAGUUUCUGACUUACAGCUGCCCCAUCUGUCAAGAGCAGGUGUCCUUCAGCAAGAUCAUCACCAUGACUCACUGCUCCUGUUUUCUGUGUCAGACGUGUUUUAAGACGUUUUUCUCGUCGGCCAUUAAAGAGAAAAGUAUCGAUCAACUGGUUUGUCCUCAGUGUGGCCGACCUGAGGUCAGAGGUCAGGGAGGGAUGGAGGAGUCCAUGGACUACUUCAACCUGCUGGACACACAGAUCCGUCACUUCCUGCCUCCUCAGAUCCACGAACUCUUCCAGAGGAAACUCAGAGACCGGGCUCUGCAGGAGAUGCCCAACUUCAGCUGGUGUGCUCAUUGUUCGUUCGGCAUGCUUCAUGAAGCCGGCAGGUUGAGGAUGGACUGCCCCAGCUGUAAGAAGAGUACCUGCUGUCAGUGCAGAUCACCUUGGUCUCCCCAACAUCAGGGACUCUCCUGUGACCAGUUCAGAGUCUGGCAGCAGCAGAACCAGCCAGACCACCACAACACCUCCCUGCUCAGCUACAACAGCAUCGAGUGUCCAAACUGUCAGUGUGUCUUCAGUCUGUGUAGAGGAGGUUGUCUUCACUUCACCUGCAGUCAGUGUCAGCAUCAGUUCUGUGGAGGCUGCAGUCAACCCUUCACUCCCGGCUCUGCCUGCGGUUUUUCUGCUGACUGUGGAACCAAAGGUCUUCACGCCCACCACCCCAGAAACUGCCUUUACCACCUGAGAGACUGGAGCGUGGCCAGGCUACACCUGCUGCUGCAGUAUUACAGAGUGUCUCCUACCUGGCUGGAACCAACAAAUGGCAGCUCACCUGGUACCUGUCAGACAGGAGUGUGUCUGGUUUUGGAGCUGAGAGACGAAAGCAGCAGACGGGAGGAGCCCUGUGGACGACCUGCUCUACCUGAGUACAGAGGAUACUGCCAGUAAGACCAUCACUCCCUGAACCAACUAUGAGUCUAACCAUAGUCCC